AUGGAGAUGAAGAAGAUCGCUUGUGCAGUCCUUGUGGCCGCUGCCUCCGUGAGCGCAGUCUUGGCUGAGAGCCAGGCACCCGCACCUGCACCAGAAGCAGCCAACAGUGCCUAUGCUGCAUUGCCCGCCGUUGGAACCGUUGUCGGUGCCUCCCUCGUGUCCUUCUUUGCCUACUACAGGCACUAA